GGUGGAGAUUGGAAGCCACAAAAUCUGGCUCAUACAAAGCGUGCUAUAUUUGUUAUUCGAGUCCAGCACGUCACGAUUGCAACCGUUUCAGUUUUCAUGUAACAUCCUGGAUUCCAACUAAAACUCAGCUCGUUCCCUGGUACGGUAAUGCCCGCGUUUGGUUCUCUUCCAUUGCACUUCAAUUUUGUGACUGAUUCACAUUUUCAAUCUGGUAGAUGAAACAGGUAUUUAUUUCUAUCUCUUAUUGUGUGAGAUCUGUAGCAUUUUUUUUCCUAUUCAAUUAUGUAACAUUUUCAGUGCACUGAGUUUUUUCACAUAUAAAAGAGAGAUUUACUUUGGUUUGGAUUUAUUUCGGUUUUAUUAUUUUUCAUGGAGAUUUUAUAUUAUUGAAAUUAGAGAAAAUUAAUUUGGAUAAGGUUAAGAUAUCACUUGUCAUGGAUUCAUAGUUUCAAUUCAAAACAUAUUUGAGAUUUUUAAUGAAAUUCACAAUGAAUGAUGGGUCUAUAUUAUUGAUGAGGGUGAUUGUUAGUUAUAUCAAAAGAAAUAGAGAUAAAGUAAAGGAGGUGACGGUUGUAUUAAAAGAACGGUAAGAAAAGUAACGGUUGAAUUGUAAGUACUGAAUGCGAACCAAAUAUAAUCACGUGUAAUAAAAAUAUAAAGAUGAUAGUAUAUCUAAUUAAUUGUACAAAGAAGAUCAGAUAUGAAAAAAAAGACUGACCGUUGUAUUAAAAGAAUUUUAAGAAAAGUAACGUCUAAAUUGAAAAUACUACCAAACAGUGUCACGUGUAAUAAAAAUGUAAAGAUGCAAACAUAUCUAAUUAAUUGCAUACAGAAGAGAAAAUCUGAUUAUUAAAUUAUGCAUUCUUCAGCGUAUCCUUAACCAUCACUGCUUUUACAUCUAACUUUUUUGUCCCAAUCUGCAUAUUUGCUCACCGGGAAUGGAAGGCGAAUCCAAAAUUUUAAUCCUGCACAGUCUGUAUUUAGCCUCUCGCUUUGACAUCAAAUCAUUGCAGGAAUAAUGGCACCAGCAGGCGUGGCCUCGGGUAAUCCAGCAGCUCCACGCAGGGCCAAUGAAGGAGCACCUGCUGAAGAAGAAAAGGGCAAUGAAUUUCCUCGUGUGAUCCUGAGGAACAGGUUGACUGCUCUUGUGGUUGACGGUAGCAGGUUUUGUCGGAUGGUCGAGCAGGGACUUCUUCAGGCUUAUGGACUUGAAACCCAGGCUGUGGACAAUGGCAUGGCUGCGGUUGAGCUCAUUGCCUCUGGGGCAAACUUCAACCUCAUUGUCAUUGACAUGCUUCUUCCUGUCCUGAAUGGACUUGAGACCACAAGGCAGAUUCGUGCCAUGGGCGUGCGGUGCAAGAUGCUGGGUGUCACUGCUCACUUUUAUGAGGGAGAGAGGCAGGCAUUUCUGGCUGCUGGAGUUGAUGAGUUCAUUGAGAAACCUCUCACUCCUGACAUUUUGGCACCUAUCCUGAGGGAACUCGAUAGCCAGUGAGGAGCACAGAAUCCUGCGCAUCAGAGGACUUCAUCUACACAAUAAAAUCCUGGCUUUAACCGCUUGCUUUGGGCCGCUUGCUUUCCAAAUGUUUUCCAUUGUCUAGUGUUUUAAUAUCAAAGGUCGGCUAUCGCUUGGGUAUUGGCAUGAAUAAGAAAGUCCGCUGAGCAAAGCUAGCUUCAUUUUCCUCAGAAAAAUGCCCUCAUUAGCAAUUCCUUGCAAUGCUCAUCUUUAUCUGACUGGAAGUAAUUUUAUAACUUCCAUGCCUUUUUCUAAGGAAUGAAAUGCCAUCAAAUAUAAGUCAUUGGAUUUUGCUUUAGUAUGAAUUUUGUAGGCCUUUGUGGGGGUAUAAUAUUAAUCAGUUUUAUG